CGUCAGCAGCAGUGAGCGGAGCAGCUCCAGGGCUCCAGGCUUUUACGCACCGAAAGUCCUCACGGAUCUAGUUUCAGAACCAGCCACUCUGAUUCAAGGGGAGAUUAUUGUUUCUUUUUUUUAUUCUGUUGGAUCCAAAAAAACUCAAGUCAGCGGAUUCUCCCUCUCUUGUUUUGGAUCUUUGAGUUUGAGAAACGGGAGAUUGGUUUUUUUUUUUUUCCUUUUUUUUUUGCGCACUUUGUUGGCUCCUCGGCUUUGCUUUCUCCUCCGCAUAUGCUCAACUCCUGACUAUGUUUGCGGAGAGCAGGGGGUUGACAAAAAAAGCUUUUAACGGAGGGGAUAGAUGUAACAGAGGGGUGCAGACUCCACGCAACGGGUGAGAGUGGGGUGUUUUCGUGGCGAAGCUGUGUGCGUUGGAGUGAUUUGACAAAUUGUGCGAUGAGGAAGACUUAUUUUAAAAGCAACACAUCUAGUGCGGAGGUCAGGACUAUGGCUUCCCUUAGUCGCAGUUUGUAAGAAGGAAGAUCUGUGUGCACUGUAAGUGUCGUCGUGAGGAACAUGCAGUGACAGCCAUGCCCGUAGAGAUGGAGAAGACGGUCACCAAGCUGAUGUAUGACUUCCAGAGGAACUCGACCUCAGACGACGACUCAGGUUGUGCCUUGGAGGAGUACGCCUGGGUACCACCUGGACUCAAACCUGAACAGGUUCAUCAGUACUACAGUUCCCUGCCUGAGGACAAAGUGCCGUAUGUGAACAGCCCAGGAGAGAAAUACCGCAUCAAACAGCUGCUCCAUCAGCUCCCGCCCCAUGACAAUGAGGUGCGCUAUUGCAACAGUCUGGAUGAUGAAGAGAAAAGGGAACUUAAGCUCUUCAGUAACCAACGGAAACGGGAAAACCUCGGUCGCGGCAACGUCCGCCCGUUCCCCGUGACGAUGACCGGGGCGAUCUGCGAGCAGUGCAGAGGGCAGAUAAACGGCGGUGACAUUGCCGUUUUUGCGUCCCGGGCUGGUCACGGUGUGUGUUGGCACCCUGCUUGCUUUGUAUGCAGCAUGUGCAGUGAGCUGCUGGUGGAUCUUAUCUACUUCCACCAGGAUGGAAAGAUCUACUGCGGGCGGCACCACGCUGAGAGGCUGAAGCCCCGCUGCACCGCCUGUGAUGAGAUCAUCUUUGCGGAUGAGUGCACCGAGGCAGAGGGGCGUCACUGGCACAUGAAGCACUUCUGCUGUUUCGAGUGUGAGACGGUGCUGGGGGGGCAGCGAUAUAUCAUGAAGGAGGGACGGCCCUACUGCUGCUCCUGCUUCGAGUCCCUGUACGCCGAGUACUGUGACUCCUGUGGGGAACAUAUCGGUAUCGAUCAAGGCCAGAUGACGUAUGACGGGCAGCACUGGCACGCCACUGAGGGAUGCUUCUGCUGCGCCCGAUGUAAGCGAUCUCUGCUGGGUCGGCCCUUCCUGCCCAAACAGGGCCAAAUCUUUUGCUCCCGUUCCUGCAGUCUGGGGGAGGAGCCCAAUGGCUCGGACUCUUCUGACUCCGCCUUCCAAAGUGCCCGCUCCACCAGAGAGUCUAGACGCAGCUGCAAGGCAGGAAAGACUGGAGGAGGGGGCGUUGGAGUACAGGUGGAGAGAUUUUCAGGUGAGGUGGACCCACUGUCUUUACAAAUGGACCUCCUGAGUCUGUCCAGCCAGACUCCCAGUUUGACCCGUGACCCACCAGCCUGGCAGAGCCAGGAACAAGCAAAUGACGCUUAUAAUUAUGACUCCCAGUCAGACCCAUCUGCUAACCCCACCCCACUCCAGCUCCUCAGCCAGUGCAAUGUCAGAACUACCUAUAACCCCACCUGCUCUGGACAGAACAAUCAACAGCAAGAGCACAGGAUCAAGGAGAAUGGAGGUUUAAAGCGACCCCCCAUCUCAGCUAUGAAGGGCCAGUCUAUGAACGAGACUUGGUUUCAACAGCCAGGUGAUGAGGAGUACUACCCACCCAAACUGAGGACCCAAAAGAGCUUCACUGAGGUGACUCAUUGCUCUCAGCUCCACAACGGCUUCUCCUCGGACAAACGCUCCAUCAGUCUCCAUGGCUUUCAGCGAGAGGCGGGGCCUCCAUCGGCCACACAGGUGGCCAGAAGCAGGAACCCUAUUAAUGCACUUAACUUCCCUGAGCACCUGACCCCUCUAGAGCAGACCCCAAGAGGGUCCAUGGAGUCCCUGGCACUGUCUAAUACUACAGGUAACUCAGCAGAUGGAGGAGGAAAGAGGCAGGAGCACCUCUCUCGUUUCUCGAUGCCAGACCUGAGUAAAGACUCUGGGAUGAAUGUGUCAGAGAAAAGCAACAUGGACACUCUUAACUCGUUGGUGCAGUUUCGUAGUUCCGAGUCCCUCCACAGCCUCAACGCUAGUCAGCCGUACAUGGAAAUGGAGCCGCCUAGGUCUGCCCCGUACCAGCUGCAGUACUGUGAGCCCUCUGGGAUCGGUGUUGGUAUGGGUAUGACUCAUUUACCGCCGGGCUUCACCUUCCAGGAGGAGGAUCGGGUUAGUUUGGUGAGCAGUGCAAACGCCGCCCGCUUGCCACCCAUUAAUGAGCGCAGGGUGAGUGGUGUCGGUGUAGGAGGAAACGGAAGGGGGGCGAGUGUCCGCAUAGAAGAUCCAGAGGAGACUCCCCAGAGGCGUAGACACCACCACCACCGCCCAAGGAGAUCCAGACGUUCUCGCUCGGAAAACGCCCUCAACUUGGUGGCGGAGCGGAGGCCGAGACCUCACGACAGACCGCAGCUGCGUGUCCGAGAGGAUUACGACCGCUUCCCCCCGCCGAGGAGCGCCAGGGACCAGUUCGGAGUAGGAGGAGGGGGCAGGUACCAGCCCCAACUCUUCAGGCAGUGCCCGAGGACCACUUCAGACCUGACACUGCAGAACCCCGGGGCCAGCCGGCGCACGGGCUUGAACCAGUACUCGUGGGAUGAUUAUGACGAUGACGACUGGUGCUCUACCUGCUCUUCAUCUUCCGAAUCAGAAGAUGAAGGUUACUUCCUGGGUGAGCCGAUUCCUAGACCCAUCCAGCUGCGCUACCUCAGCAACCAAGAGCUGGUCCAUAAGUACAACACAGGCAUAGGUGGACCCAACCGCAGCGGACAGUUACACACUCGCAAACGCAGAAAAAGCAAGAACUGUAUCAUCUCCUAACAUCCUGAAGCUGUUUCUGGCUUGUGUACACUAACAUCCUCCUUUGGGGACAAAAAAAAAAAGAACACCCGGUCAAUUUAUUCAGUGUUGUUGAGUGUUAAAUAACAUGUAAUUGAAAGUCAGUGAUAACAGUUGGUAAACAGUAAAACAGAACCAGUGUUUGCAUGUAUAUUAAUUUUAAUGUUUCACAAUAUUACAGUAACAUGCAAGGUUCUAUCAAGUCACAACAUUUAUGAAAAUCUGAUGUGCAAUUAUUUUUUAUCAUAACUUCAUUUCCAUGCAGCGAACAAGUGUGCACAGUACUUGGUUUGGUACAGUUUAGCUUUUUUUCAUGCAAUGUGAUUUAGACACAGGAUAUACUGUACUAUUGUCUUCAGUUCAUAAUGUGUAAAUAGAUAAAUGAAUUAAUAAUUUCACUUAAGUUAAGGAAGUCAUUGUAAAUAUGGUUGUAAAUGAGGCCUCACAUAUUUUUAUAUUUUGUAUGGAUAGAAUCAUUUAUGUAUUAAAUAUCUAUGAUGUAGACAUAGAAACUGACAAAAAAAAAAACAACAACAACGUAUGCAUGUUUUAUUUGGCUGACCUAGUCCUGCAUUUGGAAUAAAGGAGUAUUUCAGUGAA